AUGGACGCGAGCCUCUUGGUCCCGCAACUCGUCGCGCUCGCGUUCCUUCUCGUCGCCGUCGCGUACGUGCAGCUCGUGCUCACGCCGACCGCGCGGAUCAAGUUCGACGCGGCCGGGAACGACGAGCAGAGGAGACGCGUUCGAGAGCUUCUGGACUCGGACGACGACGAGCGCGCGACGGAGCGCGCGGUGGCGAGGGCGCUCGUGAAGCCCAUCCCGCGGCCGCGCGGGGAUCAGGUGCGUCUAUACAAAAGUGACCCACCGCUCGGUUUCAACAUUUGA